AUGUUUUUGAAAGUUAACCCUGUGACAGGUAUUGGUCUUGCCUUGAAGUCUAAGAAGUUGGAUCCUAAGUUUAUUGGACCGUAUCAGAUCUUGCAGAGGGUGGGUACAGUAGCCUAUAGGAUGGCGUUGCCGCCUGAGCUUUCGAACUUGCAUGACGUGUUUCAUGUGUCACAACUUCGAAAAUAUGUGUAUGAUCCAUCUCAUGUUAUUCAGCGGGAUGAAGUUAAGAUCCGUGAUAACCUCACUGUGGAAGCGAUGCCGAUUAGGAUCGAAGAUCGGAAGAUGAAACGACUUAGAGAAAAGGAGAUUCCGUUGGUGAGAGUAGCUUGGGGAGGAGCUGCAGGAGGAAGUGUGACCUGGGAGUUGGAGAGCAGGAUGCGAGAGUCGUAUCCGGAACUGUUUCCAUCAGGUACAUUUUCGAGGACGAAAAUAAUUUAA